AUGGAAGAGCACAGGCAAGCAAAUUGCAAUGUCAUUGGAGAACUAAUAAAAACAAAAUACAUGUCAAUAAAGAGAGUACACACACCAAAUGACAUAAUCAGCGACAUGCUAGAUGAUUAUGGUGUUUCAAUGGGUUACCAAAAACCCUGGAGAGCAAGAGAAAAAUCUUUAGAAUUGGCAAGGGGAAACCAAGAUGAUUCAUAUCAAAAACUUCCCAUCUACCUUCACAUGCUAAAAGUCUCGAACCCAGGUAUAACAAUCAUUUCAGACAUGCACAAAAGCAUAGAAAAUGUAUACCCAAAAGCUUUCCAUGGAGCAUGCAUAUUCCACCUGCUAAACAACAUCAAAGUCAAUUUCGGUGUCCAUGGGGAGGACCUAAACAUAAACUUUGUCAAAGCAGCAAAAGCAUACAGGGUACAAUCAUUUGAGCACUACAUGCAUGAAAUGGACAAGAUUGACACUCGCAUAAGACCGUAUUUACAAAAAAUUGGAUAUUGCACUUGGUCUAGAUGGCAUGCUCUAACAAGAAGAUAUACAAUGAUGACAUCAAAUAUAGCCGAAUCGAUAAAUGCUGCAUUGAAAGCUACAAGAACGCUGCCAAUCACUACAAUGAUGGAAGGCCUUCGAAGUUUAGUUCAAAAAUGGGUAUGGAAAAAUGGUAACAAAGAAAAUGGAACAUUCACACAAGUAACAACAGAUAUUGAAACUGUGCUUAGAGAAAACUUUAUUCGAGCCAUUAAAUUUCAGGACUUCCCAGUAAACACUAUAUUGUACCAAGUUGUGGUUGAAGACAAAGGAAAUUUUCUGGUCAACCUAAUGGAGAAAACAUGUGAAUGCAAAAGGUUCCAACAAGAUGAAAUACCGUGUGCACAUGCAAUAGCAGUAUUCGCCAAAACACGACUGAAAACAUAUGAUUAUGUUGUUGAUUACUACAAAACUACAACUAUGAAAGCAACAUAUGAGUCAACUGUUCAUCCAUUGCCAAAUGAAAGCGAAUGGACAUUGCCAGAGACUUUAAACAAAAUUGUCCUAAAACCAAAUUCAAGAAAACCACCAGGUCGCCCUAGAAGGAAAGGAAUCAGAUCUAGAGGAGAACCAAAAGUGCAGAUAAAAUGUGGAAAAUGCGCACAACCAGGACAUAAUAGAAAAACAUGCAGGAAUGAACCAAUCUCAAAGCAGCGAAACCCAACAAAGUCAAAGAAAUUAGACAAAUAA